CGCCGACGGCACAGGACACGCGUCAUGCCAAGGGGAUUGGACGCUGCCGCAGCAGGGCUCAUCCGGCCCCACCGAGUCAUUAGUCACUCGCCCUCCUCAAUGUCACAGUCUCCCGCCUUCCCCCGAAGCACCCAGGCGCCUCCCUUCCCCCGCACCCGGGUGGGGUUCCCAGGCUCCUCCCCCGAGUUGUCUUGGAGUCCCCGCGCGCCCCCCACCGCUCGGUCCGCGGCUGCCAUGGCAACCGUACGCCGCCGCCACCGCCUCUUCACGCACGUCGGGAACUAACGGACUCCGCGGCGGCGGCUGCGGCGGCGGCGGCGGCGGCCUGUGCCCCACCCCCACCCGGACCGCAUCACCAACAGCCGGCCGACCUGCGGCACCUAGUAUUCUUCAGAAUUUCUCAGGAGCGUGCUUUCAGGAUGAAAAUUGCCCAAACAACACAAAACGAAACAGCAACUCUGUAAUACACCUUAGCCCUUAGGGUUGGCUUAGGUCCUGGUGUUCUCUUCAAGAAGAUGAAUUUGGCUGAGAUUUGUGACAAUGCAAAGAAAGGAAGAGAAUUUGCACUUCUUGGAAACUAUGACUCAUCAAUGGUAUAUUACCAGGGGGUGAUACAGCAGAUUCAGAGACAUUGCCAAUCAGUCAGAGACCCGGCUGUCAAAGGCAAAUGGCAACAGGUUCGGCAGGAAUUACUGGAAGAAUAUGAACAAGUUAAAAGUAUUGUCAGCACUUUGGAAAGUUUUAAAAUUGACAAGCCCCCAGAUUUCCCUGUGUCCUGUCAAGAUGAGCCAUUUAGAGAUCCUGCUGUUUGGCCGCCCCCUGUACCUGCAGAACACAGAGCUCCACCUCAGAUAAGGCGUCCCAAUCGAGAAGUAAGACCUCUGAGGAAAGAAAUGCCCGGAGCGGGAGCCCGGGGACCUGUGGGCCGAGCACAUCCUAUAUCGAAGAGUGAAAAACCCUCCACCAGUAGAGACAAGGAUUAUAGAGCAAAAGGAAGAGAGGAUAAGGGAAGGAAGAAUAUGCAAGACGGUGCAAGUGAUGGUGAAAUUCCCAAAUUUGAUGGUGCGGGCUAUGAUAAGGAUCUGGUAGAAACUCUUGAGAGAGACAUCGUAUCCAGGAAUCCUAGCAUUCAUUGGGAUGACAUAGCAGAUUUGGAAGAAGCUAAGAAGUUGCUCAGGGAAGCUGUUGUUCUGCCAAUGUGGAUGCCUGACUUUUUCAAAGGGAUUAGAAGGCCGUGGAAGGGCGUGCUGAUGGUUGGACCCCCCGGCACUGGGAAGACUAUGCUAGCUAAAGCUGUUGCCACCGAAUGUGGCACAACAUUCUUCAAUGUUUCCUCUUCUACAUUGACAUCGAAAUAUAGAGGUGAAUCUGAGAAGUUAGUCCGUCUGUUGUUUGAAAUGGCUAGAUUUUAUGCACCCACCACAAUCUUCAUUGAUGAGAUAGAUUCCAUCUGCAGUCGAAGAGGAACCUCUGAUGAACAUGAGGCAAGUCGCAGAGUCAAGUCUGAACUACUCAUUCAGAUGGAUGGAGUCGGAGGAGCUUUAGAGAAUGAUGAUCCUUCCAAAAUGGUUAUGGUAUUGGCUGCUACUAAUUUCCCAUGGGACAUUGAUGAAGCUUUGAGAAGGAGAUUAGAAAAAAGGAUAUAUAUACCUCUCCCAACAGCAAAAGGAAGAACGGAGCUUCUGAAGAUCAAUCUUCGUGAGGUUGAACUGGAUCCUGACAUUCAGCUGGAAGAUAUAGCAGAAAAGAUUGAGGGCUAUUCUGGUGCUGAUAUAACUAAUGUUUGCAGGGAUGCCUCUUUAAUGGCAAUGAGACGGCGAAUCAAUGGCUUAGGUCCAGAAGAGAUCCGUGCACUUUCUAAAGAGGAACUUCAGAUGCCUGUUACCAAAGGAGACUUUGAAUUGGCUCUUAAGAAAAUUGCUAAGUCUGUCUCUGCUGCAGACUUGGAGAAGUAUGAAAAAUGGAUGGUUGAAUUUGGAUCUGCCUGAAUUUCUGUCAGCUCUUUCAUUUCUGGUAUUUUUACUUAUAAAAUGUGAAGAAAUUCCCUGCAGUUUUUUUUAAAAACAGGUUUAAAACUUCUCAUUGGAGAGAUUUUUCCCUUACAGGAAAAAAAAAAAAAGAAAAACCCAAACCACCGAGAGUAUAACCGUAGUUGAGAAAUGAGAAAAGCUUACAUAGAGAGCCUGGUAGUCUCCACCACCUGGCUUUGCGCUGGUAUCCACGUGUGCACAUGUGAAUAGUGCACAUCCAAACCAAGGUGUCAGGGAGGCCGAAGGAAGCGCUUCGCGUGCUCUUGUAGAAACUUGUUUACAAAAGGUUUAGAGGGACCUCUUUUUCUCACGUGCGUCUGUUGGCUUUUUUUGCUUUGUUUUCUUCUAUUCUUUGCUCUGAACACGAGGGACCUAGAUACGUUGACUUUUAACAGCAACACUGCGUUUGCGUCAAAUUCCUCGUUCGUUGUUAAAAACGAGAGUUUGGAAUUAAAUAAUGAACUUGUUAGUUAAGCCUUUAGAAUUCAACUCUUACUGUUGCCGUCUAUCAUAUGGUUGAAUUUGAACCCUUCCUCCCCCCACCAUUUCUUCUGUUAGCCAUCUCAUCAUUUCUUCAGCUGUACAUAUCCUCAUGCCUCGUGGUCUUUGAGACGUUUUGUCAGGUGGUGUCUCUGGGCUUCAGUAUUUUUUGCUGGUACUUAACAUUUCACGUUGGAAGGAUGAGAAGAAUGUAGUGAUUGCAUCAGAUGCAUUUCUUCAUCCUAGACUUCUGGGUUUGUUUUCGCUUUUCUUUCAAUACAUUCAAAUAGAUAAGACCUUUACUUUCCUCAGCUCUAGCAAUGUUUGAUUUUUGCUGAACUUGACUUUCAUAUACUAAAUAAAUGCGUGGGUGUUCGAAACAAGUCCACUCUUUUGUGGCUAAUGCAAAACAAAACAAAAGUCGUUUUAAUUAUCCAGAUAGCUUGUUUAACACAAUAACAUUGUACAUAAUGAGUGAUGUUCAUUUGAAAAUUUUAGAAUUAUUCCUUGUCUAGGUUGAGAACUUGUACACCGCAGUGUACGUUAGGAUAAGAUUAGGAUAGAAAUCUGACAUGCACAUGUCACGGUCAAAAGAGGCCAGAGAAAGUAGAUGUGUCUAAUCACAAGUAAAAUAUCCUGGUGUUAGUUGUUUUAAAUUACAUUUAUCCCAUUUUGGUUGGGCAUCCUAUGCUUUAAUGGUGAUGCUUUUUAAAAUUUGUAUUUGAUGAGAUCUUGAAGUCUCAAUUUUGGAGAGCAGCCACUGGUUUAAAACUAAAAAUAAUAGAACUUUUUAGAUACGUAACAAAAAAGCCCUUUUAGUAUCUUGCUUUAAGAGAUUUUUUUCCCCUACUAAGAAUUGCAUAAUUUUCAGAUAACUUAAGUCUGAUUCUAAACUCCAGUAUUUUAUAGAAUGCUAUAAAUUACCCCCUGCUUCCCUGAGGUAUAGAUUAUAAGAGUUAAAAUCAUAAGGCGUCGUAAUUUUAUUUUAACUCUUUUUUAUUUAAUUCCUUUAAAAAAAUUGAAAUAAGUUUUCUUUUAUUCAUGACCUUUUAAAAUAAAUAAAUGAUCACACUAAGAUAAUCUUGCAAACAGUUGCCAUCUAGUAACAUAUUUUUUUCCCCUGAAGUCCUAGGGGCAGUCGUUAAUACAUUUGUGUUUUGAUUGCUAAAACUUCUAUUUUGGUUGACUAGUUAGACCCUUUUUCUAGGUUUUGUGUUAUUUGUGUGGGUAUGUAUUUCUUCUUCUUUUUAAAAUUCUUCACGGAUAAUAGCAUGGUGAUCGCGAUUUUUAAAAAACUAUCAGUUAAGUAGUAUUUGGACACUCAAGCUUCCUGGAACCUUAUCUGCUUUGUUGAGAGUCAGCUGUGCUUUUUUAUUUCCCUCAUUUCUCAUUUUGCUCUGUCAGUGGAUGGCAAAUGCUUUGUAUUUCUUUUUUCUUUCUUUUUUUUAAUGUUCAUUGUUUAUCUUUGAGAGAGAGUGAGUGGGAGAGGGGCGGAUAGACCGGGGGUGGUGGGGGGGUGGGGGGCAGAGGACCUGAAGCGGGCUCUGGGCUGCCAGCCGGGAGCCCAAUGCGGGGCUUGAACUCAUGAAUCGUGAGAUCAUGGCCUGAGCCGAAGUUGGACGCUCAACUGACUGAGCCACCCAGGCGCCCCAAUGCUUUGUAUUUCUUAAACCCCUUAAAGGAUCCCAAGGAGCUUCCCCAGGUCUUCUAUCCGGCCUUUACUGUACAUCCUAUGUCCACUGUCUUUAUUGCAAGACAGGGUGUUGCCUUACCCAGAAUGAGAAAAUUGUUGUCUUUUGCUUUUUUUCUAUGUUGCAUUAUCAAAUUAGAAGGAUGUGGUUCCUUUACUUCAUCUGAAAACAUGAGUGCUUUGGGCUCUGCAACAAAGUGAUGUUAGGACUGAGUUUUGUGCAAUUCUGUCUUGCACAUACCUGAUCAGAUAGUCCCUUUGUUCAGCCACCUUGCACUGGUUGCUUACUGUGUACAAGACCCUUGGAGGGGGCGCUCUGUGGCUUACAGAGUUGGGCCAGGUUGUCGUGCAGUACUGACUCUGGGCCCUUUCUAUAACUACACCGUGUGGCUUCUGGCUCCAACUAAUGAGAUGAGUCCACAUCAUAAAAGGAGAGGCGCAGUAAUCUGUGUGUGCUUUGGAAAGAUAAUAUUUACAGGUGUUUCUCUUUUUCCUUUAAAUGUUUCAAAAUAAGAAAUUUGUUUGAACAAGGUCACUAUUAUAGAUCUGGCUACUUUCAUGAAUCAUUUCCUAAAGUUCAUGUUUACGGUAUAAACACGUACCCAUGUAAUUGUGUAUGCACGUUCCGUGUUUAUUGUGAACAUUUUGCUCUCACAAUCACUUUAUUUUUUAAAGGAAAUUUGUGUUGAUGAAAUGUGCCAGAUAAAUGGCUUUUAACUGUAGGCUGAAACCUUCUAGAAGUCCAAGCAGGAAAAUAGACGAUGGUAUCACAGAUUUUUAUCUUCUCGUCAGUAGCAGUGUAGAAAUUCUAGAAUGAUCAAAAACACGCUUUGGGCUUGGACUUCUAUCUUCUGAACUACCAAGACAGCUUGGAACAGGAAACAUGUGGUCUAGCUGCAUAAUUAUGGGCUUCAGUUGAGCCCCUGAGAUUACAGUUUUUAUGAUGUGAUAUUUGACUGUCAAAGUAUAGGCUGAAACCACUAAUUACUCAAAAAGGGGGCGAGCAAAUAUCUGGUGAAUCUCCGAUGAACAAACAUACAACCACGUCAAGAAUAAAAUGUGCGUUAACAGCCCAGAUUUAUAAUGUGACUGUCACUCUACCACUUGGCUAAUGUACCUGACUCCUCUGAACACAAAGUUAUUGAUAUUCUGUAGGUUUUGCACAGCUUGAGUUGCUGUUAACCCUUGCCUUGGAGGUUUCUUAUAUGUACACUCUUGAAUCUGUGAUGGGAAUUGUAAAACAGGAGCCUGUUGGCAUAAUUACGUGUCACUCUCCCCCACUCUGACUGCAGCUCGAGUGAAGGGCUUAGGCAGGUAUUUUCACAUUGUGUGGGCCUUGGCUUCUUCAGUGUUAAUCUUGAUUAUUGCGUCUUUUCUGUGUAAUAGUAGGGCCCCACUCUUUCCUUCAUCAUAAGUGAUAAAUCGCCUUAGCUUGUAUCCUGUGUGAUAGGCAUAAAAUGUUAAGGAUAUUUUCUGGCCUUUUCCGAGAAAGGGCCACAUGAACUUGCGUGAAACAGUAGUAAUUAUUCUUUUCACAUUUUUUUGUAACUUUUGUUCCUUAACUGUUUCGAUUGUAUAUUUUUUACAUGCCACUUAAUCUGUGAUGCACAUAAUAUUUAUGUGAAUCUAAAAAUCUGUCAUAGCAGAAAAGAAUAGGAAUUACAGUUGGAGGGCUUGUUAGGGAACAAAAGUAUGUGAGCCCCAAAUGUUAUAUUCUCAUCUCCUCUACUUAUUUUGGCAGAGAAAGCUAGAAACUCCAUUAUAAUUACUAUAUUUAUCUAUUUAUACCUUCAAAUUGGGCUUUUCAUACUUAUUUAAUUUUUAAGAACAUUUGCUUUUUUUUUAAACGUUUCUUUAUUUUUAAGAGAGAGCACGUGAGCAGGGGAGGGGCAGAGAGAGAAGGAGACAGAGGAUCGAACCCACAAACUGCGAGGUCAUGACCUGAGCUGAAGUAGGAUGCUUUUAACCGGCUGAGCCACCCAGGCGCCCCUAAGGACAUUUGCUUUUAAUUUUGUUUCUCAAUGUGGAAACUGUGGGAGUACGUUAAAAAUAAAAUCCCUAAGAUAAUAGAUACAUUUUUAAACAUUCACAGAUUAACAAUAAUUCUUGAAAUAUUUAUUAGGUUUUUUUGGCUCUGGACAACUCUUUAGCUCUAUGGUAUUUCUAAAUUUCCGAGUGAUUUAUUAAUAAAAAAAAAAAAGGAAAACUAUUAAGGUAAUAUCACUUAUUCUUUUUAUUUUACCAUUCUUAUUUCUUGAUCAACCUUAGUUCAUUUAUGUCUAUAAAUCAACUAGAUACUGCUUUGUCCCCAACAGUGUGUAGGUUUUUAUACAUUUGGGAAUUUGGGAAUUCCCAAACAAAUAGGGAAUUAGCGUAGAGGUUUUCUUCCAGUAAACGGGCUCCCAUUUGAUUUUGUGUUCAAGACUAUAAAACGCACUUUUGUUUGACAACCUCUGACAUGACUAAAUAUUGCCCUUUGGAAAACCUGAAUCUUUGCACUUGUUAUCUCCAGAGUCUACCUCAGUCACCCAGGCUUAGUUUUAGGAGGAAAUGAACUGAAACCAUAUUUAAAUUCUGUUCAUCAUCUAUGCAGACUUGUUUCUUCAAGUACUUCCUUUUCUCUCCUCCUGCCCUUUUCCCGCUGCCUUUUUUUAAAUCUUGAAGUUUUUAUUUAACAUACUUGCUUUUGCAAAACCGUCUAUUCCAAAUUAAGCCUCUGUGACAUGUCUGGAAGAUCUUAAUUCCCUUUUUUGGUAUGGCUUCAUUAUUGGGAUGUGUUUCAUUUCAACAAGCAGUUUCAAACACAACACACAUCCCCCUCUUUUCUCGUGGCUUCAUAAACGCAAAGUAAUGUGAUGACAUGAAAAAUCUUGGAACCUAACCGUUCCUGUGUCCACUUUCUAAGAACCCACAUGUGUUUUCUGAAAACGCACAAAAGUGGACACACAUCUGUUCACGUGUUGAUACGGCAACAGGGCAUCGACUUCAGGUACCGUUGUGUGGGGACAGUUCCCAGGGAAUCAUUACACGUUAAGACGGUUUAUGUAUGGUUACGAAUUUUGUCUCAGUGUUUGUCUCAGUAUUUUGACCCUAAUUUAAAGAAAAAGGUGUUUCUGAAUUGUAUUUAUUAAACGUGCUUUUCCUUACAUUCUGUGCUGCUACUUUGCUGGUCUCAUGAGCUUAGUUGUCUCUGUGCAUAGGUUACGAUUGGGUAAUAAAUCUCUAGAGUGUU